GCAGUAUCUCGCGAGAAGUUGAAAGUACGGCAAGGAAGGGAAUUCCGGCGAAACGCCGAAGCCGGGCGCUUUUGGUUCCCUGGUGCUUUAGAUGCCGGACGGUGGAGACCUCUUGUUUGGCAUCGCCUGGCGGGAUGAUGCUGGCCCGGCUGACAGCAAAACCAGAGAGGAAGAAGCUUGCCAAACAGCUUUGCAAAGUGGUACUGGACCAUUUUGACGCACAGUAUUCCAGAGAACUUGGAGAGGCCUGGAGCGCAGCAAGGGAUAUACUAACAUCUCCAUCAUGCUGGCAACAUGCUGUUCUUCUUAACCGAUUCAAUUACCCUUUUGAACUGGAAAAGGAUUUACAUUUCAAGGGCUAUCACACACUCUUUCAAGGAUCUUUACCCUAUUAUCCUAAAUCAUUGAAGUGUUAUCUUAGCAGAAUUCCCCACCGGAUACCUUCAGAAAGACACCAAAUUGGAAACCUAAAAAAAUACUAUCUCCUGAAUGCUGCCUCUGUUCUCCCAGUACUGGCUCUUGAAUUAAGGGACGGAGAGAAGGUUCUGGAUCUGUGUGCUGCUCCUGGAGGCAAAUCAAUCGCUCUGCUGCAGUGUGCUUGUCCAGGUUAUCUUCAUUGUAAUGAAUAUGAUAGUCUGAGAUUGAGGUGGCUGAGGCAGACGUUAGAAUCUUUCAUCCCGGAGCCUUUGGAAAAUGUAAUUAAAGUGUCUGAAUUGGAUGGCAGAGAAAUGGGAGAUGCCCAGCCUGAAAAGUUUGACAAGGUGUUAGUUGAUGCUCCAUGUUCAAAUGAUCGAAGUUGGUUGUUCUCUUCUGAUUCUCAGAAGGCAGCCUGUAGGAUAAGCCAAAGGAGAAAGUUGCCGGUUCUACAGAUAGAACUCUUAAGGUCUGCAAUUAAGGCGUUGCGUCCUGGAGGGUUACUUGUGUACUCCACAUGCACACUUUCCAAAGCAGAAAAUCAGGAUGUGGUCAGUGAAAUUUUAAAUUCCUGCAGUAACAUCAUGCCUGUGAACACAGAGGAAAUGGCAAGGACUUGCUCCCAAGACUUCGCAUUUGCGCCCACUGGCCAGGAGUGUGGACUUUUGGUGAUUCCAGAAAAGGGCAAAGCGUGGGGCCCGAUGUACGUAGCCAAACUGAAAAAAUCGUGGACUGUAUGAACUUGGUGAUGUGCACUUUGCAAACUGUGUCCGGGUACUAUUGUAUUUAUUUUUUCUGGGCUUUCUACAUGUGAACAUUUAAAUAAUUAUGGAGUCAGUUUCCCUGGAUCUGUUUUGGAAUCCAGGAUGCUAGUUUUGGAUGCUAGUUAAUACUCCAGCAUUUCAGAGUUCAGGCUUGAGAAUUUUACAGGUGUAUAUUUUUCCUAGAAAUACAUCUACAGCAGUGAUUUAAGGUGGUGCAGAUGGUGUUUGUUCUGUAUAAUAAAAUUGCUGUCUUUUACUUAGCAUUUUGUAGUUAAUCUACAUGGUUUUGUGCAUAGGAUGUUUGGAAGUAUGUCCUAUCCAUGAGGUUGGUACUUUGAACCUUUAAAAAUGCACAUUUGCUGGCCCUCUGAGGAUUUGUCUUCUUAUCAAAUAUACAGAUUCUUUGAGAGUUUUCCUCCCCCUUUUUCUUAAGAACUGAUUGGUAUUCUGAGACUAACUUCUUAAGCAGCUCCAUUUCUAGUUCUAGCAAAAUAUGUUUCCUACUUGCUAAGUUGUUUUUUGUUAAGGACUGUCUUCUGUUUACUGCAAAGGUCAGUGACUCUACUGACAUCAGCUUUAUUUCUGCACGUUUUUUGUAUUCACAAAUACAAAUUGAAAGGGGGAAUUAUGUUGAAAGGCCAUUAGAAGAGCAGAUUCACAUGCACAUGUUUGAGUUUCGACAUUCAGCUAGUAGAAUAAUGGAGUCUACCCAGCAGACUAUAAAGCAAGUGCUUGAAACAAAACCAGAAUGAUUAAUAACUGCAAUAACUGGAACUAUAUUCGGAGAGUUUUGUUACAUAAUUGCAGUUAUAAUGAGCACCACAGAAUCUGAUUAUCUUAGAGUUGCAAUCUGGAGGGGCUUUUUAUUUCACUCUGUUAUGAAAUGUUAUGUGAGAGUAUGAUGUCACAUGUUAAUGCACAAGAGGGAGAUGCCUAAUGAGAGUGGAUUAUAUUAUUACUAAAACCCAAUACAUUUACUAAGUGGCUCUCCCUGUUUACAUAUAUCUUGGGAAUGUUGUACACAUUUCUGUAUAUGUACUUAGAGUUUUAGUUUCAGGGUGGAUCAUGUGUUUUCUCUAGAAAUUGCUUCACUUAGAGUCCAAACAUAUUUUUCCAACUGUUAAGAAAAAGUAUGCACACUUCAAAAGAUUAUAUUAUUUUGGAAAUAAGCAUUUAAAAAAAAAACUCUGACUAUUCUAUAUAAUAAAAGCCUAAUAUGCAAAUUGUCCCCUUGACUGAGAGUUAGCCCAGAGUUCAACCCAGAGUUCAACCAGGGGGCGGGGCUGGCCAGCCAAUUGAGGGAAGGCCCUGGCUGGUAGCAGUGGCAGGCAGCUAGGGGCAGGAGAAGGGAGGCCCUGGCCAGCUGCCGGAAGCUGCUAGGGACCCUACUCAUGCACAAAUUUCAUGCACUGGGCCUCUAGUAUAAAUAUAAAAUUCUGCUGAAGUUGAAGCUUUUUGAAUUGUUUAUUCUAUUCUGUGCGAGUAAAUAGACUAUUUACCUAUUAGCUUUUUUUUGUUUUGCAAGCAUAUAUAACUGGGUUACUGAAACUGGGAAGUCUGAGGAAGAAUGUUUAUUCUAUACCUUCAUUCCAUUAACCUUUUUAUUUUUUUAGAAUGCUUCAUGAAUUUGCAUGUCAUCCUUGCACAGGGGCCAUGCUAAUCUUCUCUGUAUCAUUUCAAUUUUAGUAUAUGUGCUGCUGAAGCGAGCACAACCAUUUUUUUCUUUAUAUCUAAUAAUAUAUUUAAAGAAAAGCUGGAUCUCUUAGACUCAAUCAGAUAUACUGGGAUAAUAAAGAAGAUUAACGAUAAUGGAAAAAGAUAUUUGUUUGUAUGUGUGUGCCCAUUAAUUUUUUUCAAUAUGAAAUCCUGCCUUUAGAUACUGUAGGUUUAAGAAGUGCAUUCAUUCUGAGUAGGUUAAUCACAAAGUAAAUUUUCACAGUGCACUUCACUGAAUGUCAUUAUUUUCCCAACACAAUGCCAUGAAGCCUGUUCUGAGUACUCAGUGUGCCAUUGGAUUAGACCUUCCUAUGAUUACUUUAAAAAUGCAACUAUAUAUGUGUAUAUAAAUAUCUCACUUUAUUAUUAACAAUCAUUAUAAUGAAACAGCUGACAUUUAUCUAUUGACCAUUAAAUAUUUGAUUGUUAUAUAUACAUAUAACUUUUAAAAAAAGAUAGAUAGCUUUUUUGAUCUUUUAAACAGUUUCAGGAGUGAGCAUUGUAACUACCUUUUGUAGAUGAGAAAACCAAGCUCAGUACUAUUCUUGGGUCCAAGAUUAAAACUAGCUCCAAAGGCCAGGCCCUUGCCCCUCUCUGCACUAUGCUGUCUCGCAGGAUAUCCUAUAUAAUAAAAGGCCAGGGACCAUAAGCAGACGACCGGAACUACCGCUCAACCAGUCGCCAUGAGGUGCAUUGACCACCUCUCAGUCCCUCCCCUCCCCCACCUCCCCCAUCCUCCCACCUCUGCCUG